UGAGCAGAGAAGAAGCUUGGUCAACACGCAGACGCCAUUACAAUGUCCAGCUCUGAUUGCCUCCCCGACCACCCGCUCAGCUCAGACUUGGUGAGGAGGCUGAAGUCCGCGCUGGACACCAGGGAUGAGGAGACGGUGCGCACCGUGAUCUGCACCCAGGUCCGGCACGUGGACGCCGUGAUAGAACUGGCCAACGACGACUGGAUGAAAGACCCCUCGGCCCAGCUGCCCCCCGGGGUGCUCCUAGGUCUCUGGACCCUGGAGUACACGCGUGAGCUCACCACGCCCCUGUGCAUCGCCGCAGCCCGAGGCCAUGCGGCCUGCGUGAGCCACCUGCUGGGUCGCGGAGCUGACCCGGAGGCAGACUUCCCACAGGUGCUGCAGACCUGCGCGCCAGCCCCUGCGGUCAUCGAGGUCCUGUUCAACGCCUACCCUCAGCUCCGCGUGUCCGAGUCCUGGAGGGAGGUGAUUCCGGAGGAGGUGUUUCAGGCACACCGGCCUUUCUACCGGUCUCUCCUCGCCUUGGCCGGCAGCCCGCGCCGCCUGCUGCACCUCUGCCGCUGUGCCAUUCGCAGACGGCUUGGCAAACACUGCUUCCGCCUGGUGCCUCUGUUACCCUUGCCGGCGACCCUGCAAAGCUACCUCCUUUUGGAGCCAGAGGGUGUUUUGCACUGAAAACCAGAGCGUUUGGACUUGUUCUUGGUCUCCUCUUUGCUUCCGUGGUGGCUGGGUGGUGAGAGCGCCCUGGUGGGGACCUGCGGGCCUGGUGGGACCUCCCACUGGCCAGUGCAGACCUGCCUGAGCUUC